UAAUCAACAAGAUCACAUCAUAAGAGGAUCGCGCGCUCCUUUUCGGAACGCCUCUCGUUGCCACCUCCUAAACUGAAAAAGCCCCCACCGAAACUCCUCUUCUUCUCUCUUUCUUCCUCUCUGAUCAAUCAAUCCGGUGCUCUCUCUCUCUCUCUCUCUCUCUCUCUCUGAAUGUUAAAUAAAUGGAAGCUGGGACUCUAGUGUUAUUCCAGCCUAGGACCCGCAAAACACUGCAUUUCUUUCUUCAAUGACUCGACCUGGCUUACAUUUAAUCGGUGCCUACCGUUUUCAUUGUUGUUGCUGAUGGCGUUUGAUCAGAGCUCCACCCAGAAAGACCUCCGACAGUUAGACGUUGCUCGGACGGUCGCCGAAGAGCCACGUGCUGCCACUGGUUUGGCGACAGGGAGGAACGCCGAGGGAUUUCUCCCUAAUUCGGCUCGUGAUGUUGGUAGUCCUGGGUCUAGACAACCACUGUAUUAUGCGGCGACGGUUCCCGAUACUGGGUAUGUGGGGUUAGGGUUUGCGAAUCCGAUGAUGGCUUGGUGUUCUCGUCCGCCUGUGCUGAUUGGCACCGCUGGUGCUGUGCCUGUUGGGUAUACUGAAUUUCCAAAUGUUGGAAACCGGGUUGGAGGUAAUGGGGCCGAUCAGGCAAGCAAUGAGGGUGGCGAAGAAUCGGUGUCGGGGAAGAAAGUUAAGUUUUUGUGCAGUUUCGGAGGUAAGAUUUUGCCGAGACCGAGUGAUGGGAUGUUGAGAUAUGUCGGAGGUCAGACUAGGAUAAUUGGCGUGAAGAGAGAUAUAUGUUUUCAAGAACUAGUGCAGAAGAUGACCGACAUCUAUGGCCAAUCCGUGCAUAUCAAAUACCAGCUCCCUGAUGAAGAUCUUGAUGCCCUUGUAUCGAUUUCUUGUCCGGAGGAUAUUGAAAACAUGAUGGAGGAAUACGAGAAGCUGGUUGAGAAUUCCGAUGGGUCGUCGAAGCUGAGGCUCUUCUUGUUCGCUGCUUCUGAGCCCGACCCAUCUGGUCUUGUGCAUUUUUGUGAUUUGCAGGAUAGCGGGCAGAGGUACGUUGAUGCUGUGAAUGGGAUUCCGGAUGGCGUUGGCUGUAAAAUUACAGGGAAGGGGAGUACAGCUAGUGCAGGUUCUACGCAGAAUUCUGAUAGCUUGAUGAGUGGUGGUGAUGGUGCAGACAGCUUUGGUCUCGGUGGGUCGCCAUCUCCAGGCGUGCUAUCGCCUCGAGUUGCUGUUUCUGCUUCUCAGGAGUCUGCAACAAGAUUGGUGUAUGUGGGUCCAAAUCCUGUGGUGUAUACAGAUGCUUCAGCAGUGCCUUUGGGUCAUGCGGCGGUCCUGGGUGUUCCUUCUCAAUCUUCUUCUAGACAGGAAAUUGAAUUAGAAAGACAAAUGCCUGCUAUGGUGCAGCAGAAGCAACAACAGAUAUUGGGGUUUGAUUUGCAGCAAUCUUCUGGAGUGGAAGUUCCACCCUCUGUCACUUACAUGCAGCCUUAUGCGGAUAAUCACCAGGAAGCUUUUACUCGUGUGGAAUAUCUGCAAUUGCCUUCCCAAGGUGGAUAUGCAAAUCCCCAGAUGUUGAGUGUCGCGGGAUCAGCUUACAGGUUUGUUGAUCACACACAACAGGUCCGAGAAAACACAGCUGGUGUUCCACCUCAUCAAUUUAUACCUGCAGUUCACAUGGACAUGACAAUGGCGUUUUCAUCUCCUUAUGUUGGUGUUAAACAGAAUGGGGUACAGCAGUACAUACAGCCGCAACAAGCACGAGUGGAGCCUUAUCCUGAAGAGAGUUCAGUUGGGCAGAAGGUAGUUCAGGUUCCUAUUGAUCAGAACUACAAAACUUAUCAAACCCAGCCCCAGCCUCAACUGGCCUCGGUCCCAUUGCAGGCAGGGGUUUAUGAUUUGAAUCAGGUGCCACCUACAGAGCAGGUGGUUUCCUCGGAGGGUUGGGUGCCUCAUCAACAGGGGAAUUUUCCUGACAAAACUUUGAGAUUUGAGGAUUGUUAUAUGUGUCAAAAAGCAUUGCCCCAUACACAUUCUGAUACUUUAGUACAGGAACGCAGGGACAAUCCCCAAAAUACUGUUUCUGAUUCGAAUCUAGUUUUUCACAGUUUCCCAACAGAGGACAAUAUGAGGGACCGGACUACGAAUAGAGUGGGAGUAACUGGAGCAUUGGGGGAGGGCACGGUUGAACACCAAGGCAGUGGGACUCCAUCGAAGGUCAUGGAACACGUCAAUCCUGAGAGGCCUAAAUCUCCAUUAAAUGUACCUGUAUUUGCUCAGAAUCCUGAGGCUCAACAUGACAAUGAGAGGAUUCUAUUCCAAAAACUAGACAACCCUGAUAACCCUAGGAUGUUAUAUUCCCCAGCCCCAGGUGUGAUGCGAUUUCCAGGUGAUGUACUGUAUUCUGAUGGUGUUUUCCCCAAUAAUGCCCCUCAGUCUGGCCAAGAAGAUUCUCUCCAGCAGUCUCCUUUACCGCUCCGGUGCCAAGUUAAACAGGAAGUUUUGAUAAAUAAAACAGCUGCUACUGAUAGCCCUCCUGCAAGAGUCAUGCCUUACCAAACUUCACAACCGUUAGGUCAUGAAACUAUCACAGAGUGCUCUGGUAAGAUUCUUGGCUUUGUUCCAAAGGAAGACACAUCAGAUACUUGCAUUUCAUAUGACCAUCUUAGACCAAUGGGUUUAAAAAUGGAAGCAAUAUGUAUUAGUUCACCUGAAAUUUCUGGCAACAAUGAACAGACUAGAUUACCUGUUAAUAAGCCUAAAAUGGAUGAGAUCCCAGAUAAAAAACCACAAAUUGCAGGGAAGGAAAUAUUUCUUGCUAAUGACUUCAUCAAAGCUGGAAUUGCUCCUGAUGGUAAUUGCACGAAACCAGCUGAGAUGCUUCCAGUUUCCUCUUCAGAAGUUGUUUACUUGAACAAUAUUAAAUUGGCAGAGCCAAGUCAAGUAGCACAACAACCAACAGUGGGUCAUUUGGGAAUGCACCCAUAUCUAAAGAAUGAAAAUUCUCACAUUUCUCCUGAUGAAAUAUGGCAUGCAUUUGUCCCUUCAGGUGCUAAUGCACCCUCUGCUUUAUCACCACCUAGUGGGAUGCUUGGAGACGAUUGGGAUUCUGCUCCCUCAAAUUCACUUUUCAGCAACCAGGAUCCUUGGAUUUUACGACAUGAUUCACAUUUCACUCCAAGGCUCAUCAAGGUGACCACAACCAAAGAAGCCUUUGUCACAAGGGAUAAUGGUGGGGACACAAGUACAAAGAUGCGAUUAAAUGAAGGAGCUGUUCGCGAGCCAUCAUGGACUCUGAACAAGGAUACAAACUCUGAACAUCUCCAAACUGUUAAAGGUGCAGCAGAGGAACAUAUCAAGAAGGAGCUGCAGGCUGUUGCAGAAGGUGUUGCUGCUUCUGUUUUUCAACCAACUGUACUGUCUAAUAAUUCUGACUUCUCCAUCCAUGAGAUAAAUGAAUCCAGUUCUGAAGCCAACCAAGAUAGAGAAAUUCAAAAUAAUGAUGCAGAAGCACAAAGUAGAGUUAAUGUUGAGGACAUGAAGACCAAACUACAAGAUAAGGCACAUCCUGGUUUUCCAAUUUCAGAUGGCAUUGGUCGACUGCAGAUAAUCAAAAACAGCGACCUUGAAGAAUUGAGAGAACUGGGUUCUGGAACCUUUGGCACUGUCUAUCAUGGAAAAUGGAGAGGUUCAGAUGUUGCAAUCAAAAGGAUCAAUGAUAGGUGCUUUUCUGGGAAACUAUCAGAGCAAGAACGCAUGAGAGAUGACUUUUGGAACGAAGCAAUCAAGCUUGCUGAUUUACACCACCCAAAUGUAGUAGCUUUCUAUGGUAUUGUGCUUGAUGGUCCUGGGGGUUCUGUGGCAACAGUAACAGAAUACAUGGUUAAUGGAUCGUUGAGAAAUGCUUUACAAAAGAAUGAUAAGAUCAUUGACAAGCGGAAGCGCGUCUUAAUUGCAAUGGACGUGGCUUUUGGGAUGGAGUACUUGCAUGGGAAGAAUAUAGUUCACUUUGACUUAAAAAGUGACAACUUACUUGUGAAUCUUCGAGAUCCUCAUAGGCCAAUAUGCAAGGUUAGUGAUUUGGGCCUGUCAAAAGUGAAAUGCCAGACCCUUAUCUCAGGUGGUGUUCGGGGAACACUGCCAUGGAUGGCCCCGGAACUUCUAAAUGGCAGCAACAGCCUGGUCUCUGAGAAGGUUGAUGUGUUCUCCUUUGGUAUUGUUAUGUGGGAGCUUCUAACCGGAGAAGAACCAUAUGCAGAUUUGCACUAUGGAGCAAUCAUUGGUGGUAUUGUGAGCAACACAUUGCGGCCAGCGGUGCCAGACUAUUGUGAUCCAGAGUGGAGAUCACUGAUGGAGAAAUGCUGGUCAUCGGAGACAUCAGAGAGACCGAGUUUCACAGAGAUUGCAAACAUGUUACGGUCUAUGGCAGCUAAUCUUCCUUCGAAGGGACAAGCCCAACAACAGCAACACUCAACAGCACAACCACAAGCUAAGAAAUGACUUCUCCUAAGCAUUUCCCUGUGGUUUCUUUAUUUUUCCUUCUGCUUGUAUGUUACAUCAUGCCCCUCUUGGCCUCUUGUAAGAGUACUAUCCCUUUUCCACAGAUGUAACAGGACAGGUGGACCACUUUUUGAAUAGAAAUUAUAGUCCUCAUUAUCUGUUCGCUUUUGGUUUUUA